GUUGGUUUGUGAAAAAUAUAAUCAAAUUCACACACAACCGUUAACGUUUCAAACUCAGUAAUAUCAAACUACACAUCAAAAAUGGCUAAGUCUGGUAUCGCUACUGGUCUCAACAAGGGUAGAAAGGUUGAACAAUUGGAGAAGGUCCCAAAGAUCUCUUACAGAAAGGGUGCUGCUUCCAAGAGAACCACCUUUGUCCGUUCUAUCGUCAGAGAGGUUGCCGGUUUGGCUCCAUACGAGAGAAGAUUGAUGGAGUUGAUCAGAAACGCUGGUGAGAAGAGAGCUAGAAAGGUCGCCAAGAAGAGAUUGGGUACUUUCUCCAGAGCCAAGGGUAAAGUUGAGGAGAUCAACAACAUCAUUGCUCAAUCCCGUCGUCACUAAGCAUCUUUUCUUCUAAAUUUUUAACUGAAGAGAUUAUAUCGUUUCUUUUGGGUAAUGUGUUGACUUUUUAAUGUAAAUUUAUCGCUCUCAUGG